UGUUUGUGGACGUGUAAUGGGAUGGUUUGUGUGUGCGCCGGGCGGUGGUGCCCCCUUGUGUGUACACACACUUUACUCUCCAACAAGCCAAAGACUAGAAGAAGAAGGAAAGAAGAAAAAAGGGAAAAGCAAAGCAGCCAAAGGAGCUGCUUGCUGCUGCUGCUUGCUCUUGUGUGUGCUUUGCUGUGCCACAUAACUCGGUACGGCCGCAGUAUAGACGCACACAAGAGCUAAACUCUCCGCCCCAUCCCAACUGCCUCCCACCAUCACCACCACCUCCCCACAUCUUUUUUAAAAAAGCGGCCCAGCCUUCUUUUUCUCCUUCUCUCAUUCUCGUUCGCCUUCUCUACUAGACUUGUAUACCAUCAAGCAGAACACGAAAAACUGGCAUCCCAUAGGGUGGGUGGGUCUCUCUCAGUCUCUCCUUAGUCUCUCUCACUAGUAGAGUGUGUGGGAUAUACUUAGGCCCAGACUGGGUCGCUAGGCCCACACCAGUCUCGACUACGCUACCGUCGUGUUGUGUGUUCUCGUCGGUCGGUCCGUCGUGUGUCCGUCUCUCUCUUUAUUUUUCCGCCUUCCAAAACGGUUCGGUCCGUCGCCGUUCCGUCCCUUUUUUUUUUUUUUGGUUUUAUUAUUUCACACAUGUGAGAGUGCAGAGUGGAUCAUCUCGUGGAUGUGUCGUCGGUGCUGUUUAUUCACACGAGCGAAAUAACUAUUUUUUCUCGCUCUCCUUUAUUUUGUUUUCUACCACCCCCGGAAAACAAACAAACAAACAAACGCAAACAUUUAUUUGAUAAAUUUCCGUCCGCUUGAGCAAAGCAGUGGGGUGUGUGUUGGAGAGUGUCUGGUAGUCACGGAAUCGGUGCCCAGUGUUACAUCCUUCUUCCGAUUUUCUCCCUUUUUGAUUUGAUCGUGUAACGUCGUGUGUUGAAUCGACAUUUGAAAAACAAGCGCGGAAAACCAAAACCGCACAGAAACGAUUUCGGACCCACCACCACAGCGGCGAUCCUGCCGAAUUAUCCGCCGUAACGAUUGGAUUUCUUGAUUGGAUUUUCCAAUCGGACGGCCGAGACGAACGAAAAUAAACCAAAAGGAACCAACAAACAUUUUUGGAGACCCGUUUUGAAUGACUAGGUGUUCGUGAUGGUCGGAGCCAUGGCACUGCUAUCGUCUUCAAUGUCGAUGCCGACCAGCGUCGUGGAAGAGUCCUGCAUCCGAGAGCAUCCGUCGCCCAGCGGAAGCGGAUCGCCAGAUGAAUCCGCCAAUUUGUUGGCCAACGCGCAACAGCAGCAGCAGCAGCAUUCCGUCAAUAAGCGACGCCGAGUGGCGGCCGACACGGCGGCCCAGCGUCGCCGGCACCGCCAGCAGCGGACAGCCCAGCAUCGGCUCUCAACGGGCCGGCGUUCUCAGCGGACCAACCGUCGCGACAACAGCGAGGACGACGAGGAAAACGACGAGGACGAAGAGGAAGACUACGAUGAAGAUGACGACGACGACAGAGAUAUGGACGCCGACGUGGAAGACGACGCGAUAAUCGACUCCCGUCGCGAGCCGCAACAACAAUUGCCCAAACAGAAGCCGCUCCAUCCUCAGCACCACCAACUGCAGCAGCAGCAGCAACAACAACAACAGCAGCAGCAGCAACAACAGCAAUUGUACAGUUUGAGGUGGCACGACUUCCAGUCGUCGAUUCUUUCCUCGUUCCGCCAUUUGCGCGACGUCGAAGACUUUGUCGACGUCACGUUGGCCUGUGACGGUAAAUCGUUCACCGCUCACAAGAUGGUGCUCUCCGCUUGCAGCCCUUAUUUCAGACACCUCCUCAAGGCGAAUCCGUGUCAGCAUCCGAUCGUGAUCCUGCGCGACGUCAAGUACCGAGACAUGGAGGCCCUGCUGCGCUUCAUGUACAACGGCGAGGUGAGCGUCUCCAACGAGCAGCUCCCGUCGGUCCUUCACACGGCCCGGAUGCUCCAGGUCAAGGGACUAGCCGACGUCCCAUCCAAACAUUACCCCAACAGCAAACGAGUGUCGGAUUAUUCGAACGAGACGCCGUCGUCUCGGGAGUCGUCGGCGGAACGGCGCCCGCUGGUCGGAUUGGUCACGAACCCGCCGAGAAAACGGGUCAGAUCGCGGUCGACCUCACCGAUUUUGGCCGCGACUGGGGCGACGACGACGACGACAGCCAUGGGCCAUCCCGCGUCUGCUGCUGCCACCGUGGCGGCCGUGACGGCCACUCUGGUGGCAGCCAAAGCGGACGAAGGAUCGGGAGCGAGGACUGACGGGGCUGCCGCCGGCCUGGUCGUGGUGACGGAAAACGGGCGGCGGCGACGAACAAAUGAGGACGACGACGAAGACGAGGAGCACAUGGACGACUUGGACGACGACUUGGAAGACGAUCAUCACCUCCACCACGUGAAAGUCACGAUGGAGGAGAAGCAACAACAACAACAACAACAACAGCAGCAACAGCAACAGCAGAGGGAGCAGAUGCUGCUGGACGUCCACCGCGAGUCUCUGCUGAGUCAAGCGCUGGAAGGCCGGUCGUCGCAGAGUUUGAUGGCCCAUCUGUUGGCGGCCAGGAGAAGCGGCAACCAAUCAGAGACGAGCUCUCGAUCGGGACACGGAGGCGGUCACGGGGCGGGAGCCCAUCACGUCGAGGACGACGACGCCAGUGACAGCGACAACGACACGGACGCUUCCGAUCGGGACCGGACGGACGUUGGCGACCUGUCCAACACGGAGGACAACGUUUACCCGUCGUCCGGCAUGGGCGAUCAUCCGCACCAUCACCGAUCCUCAUCGCUGCACCAUCACGGAUCCGAGAUGAUGGUGCCGCCUUCCGGCUACGCUGCCCACCACCACCCGCUGCUCAACCUGCAGAGUCUCCAUUCACUUUUCCCGCCAGGAUCCAUGGCCGGACCCAACGGUGGCGGCGGCGGAGGUGGCGGCUCCCACCACGGCCACGGACGUCACCAGCACGACAGCCACAACAACAACAACAACAACAAUGAUCUGGCCCAGGCCACCCGCCGUUCCCUGGAUCUGAUGCGCAUCCGGGCGACCGAUCCUCGCCCGUGUCCUCAAUGCGGCAAAAUUUACCGGUCGGCCCACACCCUGCGGACGCAUUUGGAGGACAAGCACACCGUUUGUCCAGGCUAUCGCUGCGUCCUGUGCGGGACGGUGGCCAAGUCGCGCAAUUCGCUGCACUCGCACAUGUCGCGACAGCACCGAGGCAUCAGCACCAAGGACCUGCCCGUCGUCCCCAUGCCCGCCCCGUUCGAUCCUGUUUUGGCUUCCUGCCUGCUGGCCAAGGCCGGCGUCAAAGUUUCUCCGGCGGAAUUGGCAGCCCGCGCCUCGCCCACCAGCGGUAAUCCACGCGGACGGACAGCUGAUCUCCGAUUGGACUUUAAGAGCCCCCAUUCUGGCUCUUUACCUCCCGGCACAAUCCCUCCUCAGGUGACGAUUGGAGGACUGCAGUCCCACCGCAACAAUCCGCUGCAGUUGAUCCCGCUGGAACAGGAUCCGGAAGAUUUGAGUUUGGCACAGCAGAGGCUUCGUGGCGAUGGCGGCCGGGAUCACCACCACCACCGCCAUCAUCACCACGAAAAGGGCGGAUCGGGCGGAUCAGGCGGAGGAAUGGCCACCAUCUCUCCUUACGGUCCGGCCGCAGCUGGAUUAGUCAACCGUUUGGGACUGUCAACCAAAAUGGGUAAACACUGGUUGGAGACGAACAUGCAGGCGGCCAUGCAACAACAACAGCAGCAGCAGCAGCAACAGGCCAAUUCGCCUGGUAGUAAUCACAAUGCUUCCGGCGGCGGCGGCAACGGCGGAGGAUCAACCGGAAGCGCUCUGCUCGACACUUACCUCCAGCUCAUCGCCGAGCAUUCUUCCAACAUGGCCGCCGUGGCCGCUGCGGCCGCAGCCGCCCAGAACAACGCUUCCGGCGCUCCCAACAACAACAAUCACCCGCAGUCUUCUGAAGGCAAUCAACACGGUGACCGUCCGGAAUCGGCAGCAAAUGUGAUUGAAACCUGUGUCAAGCGCAGUCCCAAGACGACGGCCGACGAUUGAAUCUAUACCCCACCACCUCUCUCAACCCCCCCCCCCCCAACACACAACACACACACACAAUAUCACAUACAGAACGGUUUAAGUUUUAAAAAUUUAAAAAACUAUAAGAACUAACCUUCCAAAUGAAAUACCUCAGUAUCAGCAGCAGAACAGACCCUCCUCAAAGCUCCUUGAAAUCCUUCCUUUAAUUAUAUUCAAUACUAGUUCCGCACCUUUUUACCUCGCAGAAAAAUCAUAAUAAUAAUAAUAAUACCUGAAUCAAUUGCACAGAACAAAGCAGAGGGGAAAACAACAAUCCAAUUACGAAAAUCCGGUCACAAUUUAAAAAGAAAAAAGCCAGCAAAACUUUUUUUUCCUUCUUCCAAGUUUUUGAGAGAGAAAAUUUAUUUAAUAUUUUUCUUUUUUGUGAGAUAGAAACAUCUCGAAAAUGUUAAUAAUUUCGUGUUGAUGAGGAGCCGAGUAUACAUGCAGCUGCAGAGUAAAUGGGUAUCCUUUUGUGUUUGUGAACCCGGUGAUUUAUUGUUAUCGGUUAUACAUUCAACAUUUUGUUUUUCGGGAAAGAAAAACACGAAUGUUUUUUUUUCCUUCCAUUGGGAGCUAAUAAUUAUUAAUGAUUACAUACAUGUAUAGACACAAAACAAAAUAUUGAUUGACGAGCUUAUUUGUUGGGAGGAAAAAAGGGGAAGACAAGAUUUGAGGGCCACUAUUCAUUUUGAUGUCAUUUUCCGAAACGUGCGCAAUGUGCCAAAAUGAACGAAAACAACGGGAAAAUAAUUUACACAGAAAAACAAAAUUAAAAACAAAAAUGUGAAUCCAGCGAUCUGAACGAAGACGUUGUACAAAUAGAGAUUAGAUCCUUAUUUCACAAAAAAGCAGUUUAACAGAUAUACGUGAGCGAAUGGCCUUAUAUGUUUGCAACUUUCCACGCCGAAAAUGUGAUCGAUUAUCUUACACAACAAACAAAUUGACCCAAUUUGAUCACAUAUCCGCCCCCACCUACAUUUCCCAUAGCAACACACACACACACAAUAUCUUUAAAUCCGCUCUGUUCCAGCCCCCAUCUGUUUAAAAAAAAUCCGUCAAACAAAUAACAGCCGAAAUUCCUUUUUAGGCUAUAGCCAAGUAAAAUAACAGUUUAAACAUCAAAAGGUACAAUAAUAACGCGCAGCGUAUAGAAACAAAAAAUAAUAAAACAUGUGUUGACGUUGUCGUAUUAUAAAAGAAUAUAGCUCUCUUCUUUUGGAAUGUGAACGAAAGGUGACAAUUCAAGAAGAAAUGAUGAUGAAGCGUUUCUCGAUGUAUUUGUUCUUCUCUCUCUGUGUGUGUGCGUGUGCUGUGUGUGCUGUGUCCAAUUUGAAUAAGAGUCUCUCGUGGAAACAUGUCGAAAAAAUUAACCAGCAAAAAAGCAAUACUGAACGAUGCGCAUGUGUUAAUUUCAUAUUCGAUGUCGACAUAUUUCUCUGUUUCUGUGUAAUUUCUCAUAACACUUUAUAGCCCAGUAUGUGCUCGCCAUGUUCUUGCUGUCCUUUUUUUUCUGUUCUCUGAACAAUUUUAUGUGUGUGUUUAUUUUUUAUUCUUCUUCAUUAUCUCACAUGAAAAUGGAUAAGUGUGUGCGUGUGUGUUUAAAUUAAAUUCUGAUGUUCGGUGACCCCUUUUUUUUUUCUUUUUCCUUUUUUUUUCGUCCCUUUUGGAAUUUUAAUUUCUAUAUUCCCGAGCUCCUCCUUGCCUAUUUCUUCUCUUCGUGCCAACACGUUCACCUUUGAUGAAUUCUUAAUGAGAAGAGAUCUGCGCACCUGACCGUUGCUGUAGUCAAACCGUGUAAAAGGGCAAAUCAUUUUAUACAUUUGUCCUGGGAAAAAGAGAAAGAA